GGCACUUGAUUGAUUAGUUCCUCGAGCUAGCUAGCUAGCUUGGCUCAUCAGCACGACAGCAGGCAGUUUGGAACCUCAGUAUUUCUCCCAGUUGUUACUGCGUCUGCACGUACGUACGUCCACCGAACAAUUAUUCAGGUCGGUCGGCAGACCUGCAUGAGCCAGGCAUGGCGUUGGAUUUGGGGAAAGUGCUGGUUGUUUUGAGCCUGUUCGCUACGGUGAUUGUUACCGGCGAAGAUGCAGGCGACGGAGCUCGUUCAGAGGAAAGGCUGGUCUUCUCUGGCAGACUUGAGAGCUGCAGUGGAUGACAGCUGAACCGACUGCCUGAAGUCAAGGCAUUUGUAACCCAUGAUCUGCCCCUGUACCAUAAUAUACCUUUCAAGCACAUUGGUGGGGCAGAUCCUGAUUUACUGCUGCUAGACAAGGAAGGCUCUAUUAUUAAGCGUAUUGGUCUUAAAACCUUCAAGCGAGCUGAAAUCAACGACCUGUUUGGUAGCUUGGGCUUCUACAAAAAGGGCUCCAGUGAUGAAGAAGUUCCUGAAGAAUUCUUAGAAGGACCCUACCUCCCCAAAGAAACAAAGGAGGAGGAGGAAGAGCCUGCUGAGGAUACUGAGGAACAAAAGGAUGAGCUAUAAUGUGCAUGUCGGGUGGGUUUUCUUAUUUCUUUGAGUUAUUGUUUGUCUUUUUUUUGUUCCAAAUUGCAAUUUGCCAUUCAUGAUGUUAAUUUGAUAAACUCAGUACGGUUGCUUUUGUCACAUAACCUUACAAAUUGGUUUCUGUACUUGGAAAAGUGUGAAAUCUUGUUUGUUAUUACGCAUUGUGUUCAGUCGCCUGGUUACUGUCAUUGAAUACAAGUAGCUGUAUUUUUCUUUAGUGACGUGAACUUUUUUAUCUUGAAAUCGGGAACAUUGAACAUUUCAAUCAUUGGGUUUAAAAAACAGCAUGUUGUAUCCCCUUGUUAAAUUAGUAUCUUUGUUCAAUACUAAGUUUUGUUCAAUACUAACAACUUUGAAAACUCAUACAUUUCAUGAUAUUGAUUUUUAAAACUAAUUUUGAGCAUGUUAAAUUUACUCGAAUAUAUAUAAUAUUCGUGUAUCUCACUCAUUUUCUGCAAACAUAUUUUUGUAUUGACUAUCUGCCACUCACCACUGUUUUCAUUAGCUACAUGUGAACGUCAAUAAUAGCAGCAGCAACGGUAAAAUGUUGAUAAUAUACAGGCGUAGGUGCUUUAGCAGCAUAUGGACCUGUCACACCCUUAAAACGAAACGGUUUCAUUGUCUGGUAAAGAAAUGCUUGAAUUUCCAAUUCUGGAUGCAGUUUAAGCCAUGAACUUUGACUGAAAAUAACAAUCCGAGACUCUUGCAAAGUGGAGAAAACAGUAAUUAAGAGAAGUUGCGUGCACAAGCGAACAAUUCUCGAAGAGAAAUUGUUCUAUAUCUGGUUGGUUCUCUUCAGAAGCAAUUCUCUUUUUUAAUAAUGAAUUAAAAAAAUUAGCCGAAAAGGGAAACUGAGUAGGCGCAGUAAAAUAAUUUUUUCGAAGUUGAACAAAGAAAUUGACUGGAGCAGGCUUCUAGCCCCACUUAAACAAAGACAUUGACAAAAUGGGAACCGCCAACAUAGGGCUGGAUAGCUCAGUUGGUAGAGUGCCGGAACGGCAAUCCAAUGGUCGCAGGUUCUAACCCCGCUGCAGUCAAAUUCUUUGUUCAACUUUAAAAACUUACAUAAAUUCACUUUGCAGAGAUCUAUCUGCCAACAUCUCCUGCAUUACACUGAAUAUAUGUGUGUCACUGUCUAGGGACGAAGCAACUUGACUACAUUAAACAGUAAGCUCUGAAAUUUCAUAAAACAAAUCAGUGAACGAAUGCAAAUGGAUGACCAUUUGGUUAAUCAUAAAGAUCAUGAUCAAAUUUAUACACGAAGCAAUACUUUUUUUUACCAUAAUAUUACUUUUUAGUACACUGUAUGUACCCACUGGCAAUAUUGCAUUUGGGAUUCAUGGAUUUUCAAUGGUAUGUAUUUUUUCGAAAUUUUUAAAUUUUUCGAAAUGUUGAAAUGUCACUAUUUUUGGAAGGAAAGCUUGUCCAGAGCAGUUUUUGCACAUGUGUUCUUUGGAUUUGCAAAGGCUUCAGCGUAUGACGUCGGCCACCUAAACUGAUCACCAGAGGGUGGCUGACUGACGAAUCAAUCUGAAAUAUUGCAAAUGCGGAGAAAAACAUCAAAAGCUGGCGGGACUUGCUUUUUGUGAUGGCAAUAUAGGAGUUAGAAAAUAAAACCAAACUUGGUGUAUUGACAAAACA